ACUACGACAGAAGGACAGACAACAUCAGAAUUCACUUCAUUUACAACAGAGAUAUCCUCAUCUACUGUAGAACAAACAACAAGCCAGCAGACACAAACCACUCAAUAUACUUCUACCACUGAAACAGAAUCUACAACAACAGCUCCAUCAACAUUUACAACAGCCGUGUCCCCUAUGAGCAAGACCACAUCAGAAUCAUCAACAACUGAAAGUGGUUCAACGCUGGAAACAACAUCAUUCCCAACAGAUACUACUCCAUCUUUAGCAUCGUCUACAGCAGAAGGACAGACAACAUCAGAAUUCACUUCAUCUACAACAGAGAUAUCCUCAUCUAAUGUAGAACAAACAACACGCCAGCAGACACCAUCCACUCAAUAUACCUCUACCACUGAAACAGAAUCUACAACAUUAGCUCCAUCAACAUUUACAACAGCUGUGUCCGCUAUGAGCACAACCACAAUAGAGUCAUCUGCAAGUGAAAGUGGAUCAACAGCGGAAUCAACAUUAACCACAACAGGUACGUCUACGUCUUCACCAUCUACUACGGCAGAAGGACAAAGUACAUCAGAAUUCACUUCAUCAACAACAGAAACAUCUCCAUCCAGUGCAGAGCAAAUAACAAGCCAGCAGACACAAACCAUUCAGUUAAGUAUUACCACAGAAAAAGAAUCUGCAACAACAAGUCAAUCAACACUUACAACAGCUGUGUCCCCUCUGAGCACAACCACAACAGAAUCAUCUACAAGUGAAAGUGGAUCAACAGUGGCAACUAAAUUAUCCACAACAGAUUCUACUCCAUCUUCACCAUCAUCUACAACAAUCGGACAGAUAACAGCAGAAUUCACUUCAUCUACAACAGCGAUAUCUUCAUCUAGUGUAGAACAAACAACAAGCCAGCAGACACAAACCAUUCAGUUAAGUACUACCACAGAAAAAGAAUCUGCAGCGACAAGUCAAUCAACAUUUACACCCGCUGUGUCUCCUAUAAGCACGACCACAUUAGAAUCAUCAAAACCUGAAAGUGGCUCAACACUGGAAACAACAUCAUCCACAUCAGAUAUUUCUGCAUCUUCACCAUCGUCUAAAACAGAAGGUCAGACGACGUCAGAAUUUACUUCAUCUACAGCAAUAUCUUCAUCUAGUGUAGAACAAACAACAAGCCCGCUGACACAAACCAUUCAGUAUACUUCUACCACUGGAACUGAAUCUACAACAUUAGCUCCAACAACAUUUACAACAACUUUGUCCCCUCUGAGCACAACCACUGCUGAACAAACAAGUCAGCAGACACAAACCACUACUUCAAUUUCAAGCACAGAAAUACAUUCAACACAGUCAAUUCAUUCGACAUUUCCACCACUGGAAACCAUUGGAUCAAGUUCUCCAGACUCACCUGCCUCACUCGCUACAACUUCCCCCAUUUUAGUAAAUGGCUCAUCAACAGUUACUUGGUCUGAAAGCAUACCCACAAGGAAUGCAAGUAUCUCUCUCGAAAUUAUGAUGCACUAUCUUACACAGUAUGAAGAUGUGAACUCUCCAGAAUCAAAAAAACUAAUUUCCAUCUUAAAACGUGAGCUUUCAAUCCUUUGUAAAAAGGCUAAGGUAAGUUGA